UCCUUAGCAAACAGUAUAUCACAUAUUCAUGCAUUGAAGCACUUCAGUGUUUAUUCUGGGUGUUAUUUGAUAUGAUGUGAUGUUUCGGAUCAAAAUAAUAAAAGUUUAAUCUUUCUCAGCAUAUGUGGGGAAUUGUUUUGAUAUCACAUGACUAUUCGAAAGUUAACGUAGUUCGAGUUUAUGUGCUGCGACCGCAAUAGUUAUAACUUAUAGAAAUACCCAGCGAGUGUCAAGUUUGUUGUGCAAUUGAAAAUUCUUCUCAAAAAAAUGGUGAUAUUUUCGGAAAAAGAGACAAGCACUCUGGUGUUUUUCGUAAAUGGUAAAAAA